UACCGAUAUCCUGCAUGUACGAUCUUUUUUGAAAAGAGGAUAUUGUCUUGCUCUCACAAUUCCAACUCACGCAAAGCAAUACAAAACAAGUUCAGUCAAAUCCGACGCAAUUUACUUUACAAAACAAACAUGAAGAUCUCCAGUGUAAGCUUGAUGAUGCUCUGUGCCAGUACGGCAGCAGUGAAGCCCAAAAUGAGGGGACUUCGUUCCAGCAACCGUCGUGCCCAGGAAGAUGUUGUGAACUCCAUCCACGCCAACGUCGACUCCUUGUGGGAAGCAGAAGGAUUGCCCGGUCUGACAGAGGCGAUCGCGAUUGAUAGCCAAAGCCCAAACUUCAACCCAGAUUGGGCCGAGACAGGCGAACUGCACGCCAUUCUUGAUUUCUACCUUCAGCAUGCCACUGAAAAACUGGGAAGCCGCACCAAUGUGUCUCACAAGGUCUAUGGAGGGGCUAACGCCACGUUUCCUACCCCACCUCUCCUUACGAUCACUGUUGAGGGAUCCCGUCAUGGUCAAGAAGGAGCCCCCGAAGUGCUCCUCUACACGCAUGCUGACACUCAGCCCCAUAACGGCGCCGACUGGACUCAUGGUGAUCCGCUUGUUGCCACUCGCGUGAACGCCUCAGGCGACUUGUUGUACGGAAGAGGAACCACCGAUGACAAGUAUGCAUUCUUCUCUGCCGUGAUUAUGUUUCAAACUCUCAUGGAGCAGGGCUUGCCUUACCCCACAGUUCAUAUUGUGGUGGAGACGGAAGAAGAAAGCGGAAGCCCUCAUCUUGAGCCACAUUUGGACGAGUUGGUGCACGAUAUUGGUUCUCCUGACGUAGUCUACGUACUUGAUUCUGGUGGUCCCGACCAGUCUCACAUGUGGAAUACAAGAUCUCUGCGCGGAUUGAUUUCUGGAGUCUUGCGGGUGGAGCUCUUGGAAUCGUCCGUCCACAGUGGAACUGCGGGUGGAAUUGUGCCCUCCGUCUUCCGUCUUAUGAACAACAUCAUUUCGGAUCGCAUUGAAGAGCGAAACGGAGAUAUCAUUGCUGCGCCUCUCGUCCACAAUACAUCGGAUAUUGACAAAGCAGCUGCACUUUCUUUGGCGGAAGUCAUGGGAGACACUGUCUUCAGCACAAUGCCAUGGCUCGAAGGAACGUCACCUAUGCCAGAUGGGUCUACUCCAACAACUCAAGAUAUCGCGGACAUGCUGGUUCGCAACAGCUACCAGCCCGCACUAGCAAUCAUUGGAUGGGACCAUGCUGUUAUGCCGGCCCUCGACAAAGGCGGAAAUGUUGUCCAACCAUACAUUGAGGCCAAGCUCAGCAUUCGAUGCUCUCCUUACACCGACGUCUUUUCUGCAGCGGAAGAGUUGAAGCGCUUGAUUGAAGCCCCUCCACAUGCGCAUGGAGCCAACGUCACGUUCACCAUCGGUGGCACUUCGCCAGGGUUUGCAGCCGAUCCACUUCCAGCUUGGUAUCAGAACAUUGUCAAUGAAGCAGCCGUGCCAAUCUUCGGGGCUGAAAUGUUAGAUGUUGGCAAGGGUGGAACGAUUGGUUUCCUUGCGACAAUUCAAAAGAAGUUGGAAGGAUCCAUCAUCCACAACACAGGACUUUUUGCUCCGUCCAGCAAAGGACAUGCGCCCGAUGAGUCCUUGGACAUUGAGGCUGUAAAGAAGUUCACCAGCGUCAUGACGUACACCCUUCAGAGCCUCAUGACUGCCGACAGGACUGUCGAAGAAGAGCCUACAACCGUGGGUCGAGCCGGAGACGGAGCUUGAGGCGUCUUCAGGUUCGGCCCAAGGAAGUCUUUCAACUAGUCUCUCGGUGUUGUUGACGAUCGGUUGCAUGAUGAUGGUUUCGGUGUGAAAAGGUUGACGGUGCGAGGAGCGAGAGAGAGUUUUAGAGAGCGAAGCAACGAAGAAAUAACUAAGAACAACACGGAUAAGCAAAUAAACAGGACGU